CUUUUAUAAAGUCAGUUUUGGUUUUGGUAAACAUACAAAAAUUUUAUCAAGACAAAAAAUUUUAAAAUUCCCUCAUAAAUAAUUACCAAUUAAACAAAAUUAAAAAUAUAUAUUAAGAAAAAUAAGAGCAAAAUUAUUAUAUGUAAAUACAAACCCCAACAAUGGAAAUAAGUAUUAAGUGGAAUGUUUGUCGUAUUUGUAUGGAAGAAGAAAGUAAAAGCGUCACGCUGCAUCCAAUCUUUGAAGAACCUACGCUACCAAAUGAUAUAUUUUUGUGUUCAGGAAUUGAGCUUAAAAAAACAGACAAUAUGCCAGACAAAAUAUGCCAAAGAUGCCUUUCGAUUUUAAGAUAUGCUACCAAAUUCCGUUUGACAUGUCAGAAGACCACAGAAUACCUAAAUCAAAUUGUGCUGAAAACCCAAACAGCAUCCAAUAUAUUUAAAUCAAAUAAAUCUAUGGUUGAAGCAGAGGUGUCAUUUGAAAAUAUUGAUUUCCUUGAAGAGGAACAAGUCGUUGAUGUCGAUGAGUUACCAACCAUCGAUGUCAAUGAGCCUCACACCAUUGAAACCAAUGAAGUCCAAUACGUUAUUCAGGAUGUUGAUGAUGAUCCUUCGCCAGCGGAGGAAAUUACUUCUGCUAAAAUAAGCGAAGAAGAAGAUGUCACUGCGGAUGAUCCAGUUAUAGAUGAAAACAGUCAAACAAAUGAUUUCCCGCCUGAUUAUGUUUCAUCUAAGGGAAGUGAAAUAGAUCAAUACGAACAAGAAUAUGAAUUAGCAUAUAUAUCGGAGGAAGAAAUCAAACAAGAAAUAUAUGAAGAUGAGGAAUCACAAAGUGUGACAGAAACUAUAAUUCAGAUUAAUGAUUUUAUUGAAGGUGAAAAUGAGAAACAAAAUGAGACCAUUAUUAAAGAAGAAGAAUUGAAACCAACUGUGAGGAAGUAUCAUCAAAAAUCUGACAAACCACCUUACGAUUUUAUUUGUGAUAUUUGUGGGAAUCAUUUUAAGAAAAGAUGUCUUCUUAGUUUUCAUAUGAAAAUUCAUCGAAAUGAGAAGAAUUAUGGAUGCGAAAUAUGUAGCAAGCGCUUUAAUUCGCCUUGCAAUCUUAGAGCACACAUGCGAACACACACUGGAGAGAAACCAUUUCAUUGUCAGUAUUGUGACAGAAAAUUUGCCGACCGCAGCACACAAGUUAAACAUCAGAGAAUUCACACCAAUGAGAAACCAUACAGCUGUCAAACAUGUGGCAAAGCAUUUUCCCUUACAACUUCACUUAAGGCUCACGAAAAAAUGCACUCCGGAGAAAGACCCUACAAAUGUGAACCCUGUUCAAAAGCUUUUACUCUACCGCAUCAAUUAAAGGCACAUUUGCAGACAAACAUGCAUCGUAUUAUAACCGAACUUUAGCAAUAAUUUUUAAUGAAUAUUUAAUAUAAGUGUUUAGAAAUAUAAUAAAGUCUUUAAAAUAAGAACACUAUACACAGUUAACUGU